AUGCUACACAGAAAAGUAACCCUGUCGGACGAGCCGUUAUUCCUAUACCCCGGUUCAGGUGGUGGACAAGUGCCCUUUGAUCUUGAUCCCAACGCAGCGCCAGAGCCCGACCAGGAAGAACAACUGCCGCCAGCCAUCCUUGUCGUCAGCAUCGCUCUCACCAUCCCCGAGGGCAUGCAACCGCCAGAGAAGAUCAACGCCCUUACCGUCGAGCUCCGAGGCAACGAGACCCUGGGCUUUCCAAAGGGUGCAUUCGAGCAACAACUCUCGAUGCAGAUCACAAAGAAGGUCGAGAGCGCGACCAACAUGGCUCUGUCAAGCGGCAAGGUGUACACCUGGGAAGUUCCCCUUGAGGUCAAGCACGACACGUCGCCGUACGAGCGAUGCACCUACGGUCGUGUGUACCAGCGCAUCCGCGUCAAGUUCGACUGGGACGGCUGGGGAAGCUGGCUCAAGGGCGGCGGCAGUAGAAGCCUUGUGGCCGAGAAGGACGCCUUUCUCGUCUGCAUCCCCCGCACUUCCAACAUCCUCGACUACGCCCGGACGCACCGAUCGGCGGCUGAACACCUCGGCCCCAUUAUCGUCCACGCCCGAAGCCAACACCUGACCGUAGGCGGCUACCUCCGCCUGGCCGUGUCGCUACCGAGCCUCUCGCCAACCGUGAAGCUGAAUCGCAUAGUCUUUUCUCUGAUCGAGACGACGACACUGCACAGUCGCAAGCGGCAAGGCUACACCGAACGAUGCGCACCCGACCGCGUCGAAUUCUUCAGCGUAGAGGGCGACAAGCUCAAAGAGUUCAUUCGGGACAGUGACGGUGUCGCGAAAACCUUUGAGGGCGCCUGGAUCGCCCGUCUCCCCGGCGAUGACCAAAUUAGGCCCAGCACCUUGGGCGGGAGCAGGUCAGCGAUUCGGCUGUCGCACCUCCUCGAGGCAAAGAUCAUCUUUGCGCCCGAGCAAGGAGCGCAACCAGCAAAGUCGCUUGUCUACUCUGCCUCCUGGCCGCUCAUUCUUCCCUCUUGCUGCUGCAUGUGGCGUUCGCUUCGCCUCCCUACGUACUCGGAGAUGGACCCCUUGCCAGUCCCGGACAAGGCAAGGGACUUUUGGGAUCAGAACAAGUGGGGCAACAUUCAUUCGAGUCAAGAUGUGUGUGCAUGCGGCCAGCCGUUGGAAAAGCUUUUAAGCUGGGAGGACGAGGGCGACGAUGAGGCCAACACGUGCCAAUCCCGCCUUAUGCAGGAGGAGAUGGCCCUGGCGGCCGAGAUCUCGGCGGCGGAACGAAGAAGGCUUUCCACAUCGGCAGCGGCAGCGGCCGCAAUUCCGGCUCCUGCUACGGCUGAAUCCGAUGGAGAGCGAGUGAGGAGGAGACUGAGAGGAAGGGACGGAAGCGGGACCGUCGGCGGCAUCGGGCCCGUUGAUCGUCAGACAAUCACGAUGACUAGCUCCAGGACGAGCUCGCCUGCACCCAUGGAUAGGAGGACGAGAUCGUCGGAAAGAGAAGCGCGCGACUCUGACGGAGGCCAGGUCCCUCCAGAGGAGGAGUCGCAGGAGCAGAGGGACAGGACGAGAUUGAUGGAGCAAAAGGCUGCGCAGCAGUAUGUGUCCGUCGACGACUACUAA